AUGCCCCAAGGAACUGGUACCCUCACAAGCGACAAAGGACGUGUCCUUGGCCAAUUUGAAGUCGAAGGCUCCCAGUAUAUCUUCGUUGGAAACCUGACUGGCUUUGGGCAGUCAUUCUCGAUUCCGAACGCCGAUGUUGCCUACGAAUCGGCGGAACAGUUACACAAACAAUCCGAGGACUUUGAACAACUGCCUGUUCAGAAAGAUCAGAUCCAGCUCAGGCUCAAGAAUGGAGUUGCGAUCACCGGCGGCUUUGAUAUGCCCUUUAGCGACGGUGAGGUCAAGAAGGGGACCAAUGUCGGAGGAGGAGGAAAGUGGCUCAAGCUCUAA